AUGCUUAUUGAUCUCAACAUCCAUUGGCCACAAAAGAACUACCAGACGCCUCUUUCCCAUAAUGAUAUAGUGAAAUUGAAAAACACAUUGGUAACACUAGAAGAAUUAGGUUAUACCCAUAUAGCAUUAAACUAUACUUUAAAUCAUUCAGAUAAAAUACCAUCAAAUCAAACAAUAAAUCCAAUAAACUUGGACCUAUUAAAAGAGUUCCAAAAUAGAUUAAAAAUAUAUACAAGAGUAACAAUCAUAGUGGAUGAACCUUCCCAGGGUCAAAGUAUAUCAAAACUACAAAAUGGAUUUGAUAUAGUUUCUGUAUUACCAAUCUCAGAAAAAGGUUUAUUAUUAGCAUGUAAUUCUUUAGAUAUUGAUUUGAUUACAUUUGAUUAUUCCAAGAAAUUACCAACUUUUCUAAAACAAAAGACAAUUGGUGCUGCUAUUAAAAGAGGUGUUAAAUUUGAAAUUACAUAUUCAAAUUUCCUUAAGAAUGAAAAUAGACCACAAUUUAUAAAUAAUACAUUGAAUUUAAUAAGAGCUUCAAGAAAUCAAAACCUAGUUGUAUCAAGUGGUGCUCAACAAAGUGUGGAAUUGAGGUCUUUUCCUGAUGUUUUAAAUUUAUUACAAUUGUUGAAUUUUAAACAAUCAGAUGGGAAUAAUUUGAUUGAUAAAGCUUCAAAAGUUCUGUUGAAUGGGAGAUUAAGAAUCAAGAGUUACAAGCAAACAGUGAUGAUUGGUGAAGAUGUU